AUGCCCCCAGUGGAAGAAGAGGAGAUUGAGACAAUUGUGUUAAAGAAGAUUUCAGUUGAGAAACGCUUGCAUGUUAAAGAAAUUGCAAGUCCUAAGGAGACAAUUUUGGACAUUCAGACAGGAGAGCCACUUGAAAUAAAAAUCUCACCAAAAAGAGUUUAUGGAACACAGAAGCCAGAGGGAGAUGAGCGGGAGAAAGAGGAUCUUAAAUAUUUUGUGAUGGCUCCUGAAGGAGAGGAGCUGGAAAUGACACAUGUAGAUUCAAGAAAGAGUCCUACCCUUACAUACGAGAAAGAAGAAGCUGCAAUAGAUCACAUCACUUAUGUUAAGGAUAAACCAUUAACACCUGAUGAGGAAUUGGAAUCGAUUUAUAUAGCAUCCGAACAUAAGGAAAGAGAUUCCAGAGAAGAAAAUUUGGGCAAAACUGAGUUAGUCAUUCAUAAGGAAGAUGUUCCUGAGAGAUUGCUGGGCAAGUCUAGAGUUCCUCACAAAGAAAACAUUCCUGUGCAUGAAAAAGAAGUGGUAGUUGAAUCAAAUUCUGUACAUAAAUAUAUCUCCCCAGAGCCUCAUGACCAAAAAAGUGUUCUAAGAAAAGACAGAAAAUCAAAAAUCAGAUUGCAACCUGAAGAAUUUCCCCUUAAGGGUAAAACUUCAUUUGUAAAGGAUAUCACAGACACAGGAGUUGCUGAAACAUCUCUGCUUAAAAAUGAAGAGGAAGGAGGAUGUUUUACUUCAGAGAGAUCUGAAGAAGUUCUUGGAGAAUCUGUGAAGAAAUAUGACACAGAAGAGAAAGCCCAUGAGACAGAGAAAUCUCAUACCACAGUAGCUGGUAUUCCUAUAGAUAAGAUUCUUAGUAAUAAAGUAAAGAAAAUGGAAGCUACCCAAAACAAUGAGAAAAAUGAGCACCUGGGCCUUCCUUUAGAAAAACUAGAUUCCUUUGAAUUACCUGAGGAGACUGAACCAAUCAUGAAAAAAGAUGUCAACUUGGAUCACACUGCUGAUGGUACAGAGCCUUCCCGAGGAAAAACUCGCCAAAUCAUUAAGCAAUCGAUUAAGCCACGACUAGAGGAAAUGCAAGCUGGAGAAAAAUAUUCUGCAGUGGAAGGAGAACCCACUGAAGCUCAUUAUGAAGAGCAUUCAGGACCAUCACAAUCAACCCCCCAUGAAAAGAUACCUGUGGAGAAAGAAUUUGAUACUGUGAUUACAAGAGAAGGAACAGAAAGUGAACUUUCCUUAGGAAAAUAUGAAAAGGGAGCCAGAGAGGAAAUUGCUGACAAAUUUGAGCCAGUAAAGAAAGUUCUUAUUCAGCCAUCAAGGAUUCAUGAUAAAAAGCAACAUCAGAAAGUUCAAUUGGCUCUCCAAGCCACUCAGGAUGAAAGAGAGGAACCUCCAGCUCUCAAAAACGUGAGCAAAGUUGAAACUGAAGAAAAUAAAUCUCCUUUGUCUGUGGAAGAAGCGAAGGUUUCUGGAGGAGAACUUCCAGGGAUGGAAGGUACAUCAGAUGAAAAAUCAAUAAUUAAAUAUGGUGUUGGAAAAAUCAUAUCUGUUAACAGAAAAGAGAAAGAAAAGCUUUCAGACAAAACACCAUCAAGCAAAGAAAGUACUGCAUAUGGAGAAGUUCCUUGUACCUCAAGCAUAGGUAAGACCAUCACUCCCAAGAAAGUAGAAGACCUAAAUAUAGGAAAGAAAGAAUACCAGAAAUCAGAACCUGCUCGUGUGAUUGAGCAGGCCAGUAGCCUUUCAGGUGAGAACUUGGAUUUGGAUGAACCUGGAGAGUCACAAGAAGUUGUGGAUGUUCCUGCAAAGUCUCAUGCAAAGCGAGGUGGCAGAGAAGCAUGA